CAGGUGGGAGCUGACCGAUAGGUGACGGUCCUCUCGCCACCAAGCGUCCAGUUGCCAGCAGUGGGCUUGGAAGCACGCUACGCUGCGUGGGAAAUGCACUUGGUGCAGGAAAGGGGAUGUCCUUAGCCAAGGUACUGGAAAACUGAAGGAAAACAGAUGAAACUGCAGAUCCCUCAACAAAACGUGAGCAGGUGACACUUGACGUGGCAGGUUUGUGGUGCUGGAAAUAUCCAAAUAAUUUUCUAGGACGGUUUCUCUGAUAAAGCAGAUUUUAUUCGCAAUUGCAAUGGCGGGCCUCCUGCAAGCAGGAGAGCCCCGAGAAAGCAGUGUUACAUCUUUUAUCCCCUAUUGCCCGUCGCUGAUCUCUUUCUCCCCUGGUUCCUCAUUGGCUGAGUACUGCAGGUUCACACUCUUUCGUGACGUUUCACUGAUCAUACAAACACCGAGUAGACACAAAUCUUUGCCGCCCAGAUGCAAAUGUCUUCAUUGCUUAAUUGACUUCUAACAAUUGCUUUCUUAACAAACAAAUUUGGUCGUAACUUUUCGGAUGUCAGGUUUACAGCAUAAACAUAGAAAUAGCCUCAAUCGUUUAAUUAACAUUUGUGCCCCUUCACACUGGUCAUUGUUCUGGUCAUUCACCUGUCCUUGCAGAAAGAUAAGCUCGGAAGGAGGAUGGAGGGGAGUACCUUGGAGCCUGCCUAUGGCAUCCUAACAUUCCCACAAAGUGGGACAGUUCUGCUUUGUAGAAAGGCCCUGACUCCUUGAAAGUUUGUUCAAUGUGUUUUGCUUCUGCCGGUCUAAUGAACAACCUCACAAUCUGUUUCCUAGUUCACAAUACUGUACCCAUAUUGUUUAGAACAUUCAAAAUCUAUUGCAGCUUCGUGAGAAAGUGUUUGUUAGGUAAUUUGGUAACUAUGUUUCUAAAACACGUUACUAAUAUGUAUAUGGUAUUCUUACUUUCCACAUCAGCUAUUUCUAAGGGUAUGUUGCAGCUUAAUUCUUUAGAUCAAUUGCCCUUUUCAAUGUUCAGGGCAGAAACAACACUUUCACUUUCCACAGUGGGAAGGUCAGCUUCCCCGUGUUUGUGUUUCAGCCGUCAUCCUCCAUACCGGAGAGGCUUUAUCUGCUCGGCUUGCUUAAUUGCAGCACGUUUCACACGCAUGGACAACCUGUGCAGCAGCACCCUCGAUCCAGACCCCAUUUCCAUAUUGCAUCCCUUCCUCAAUGGCCGGAGGCAUCAUGGGAGCAUGGAGCAGGAAAUAAUUCCCUCUUGGGGUAGUUGAAGCACUAUGAAAGUCUGCCAGGUGAAGCCGUGCGUGCUCCAUCCCCGGAGGUGUUCAGGGUCAGUCUGGAUGGGGCUCUGGGCAGCAUGACCCCGCGGGUGGCAUCCCUGCCCACGGCGGCGGGGCUGGGGUUCUAAGCUCUUUGCUGUCCCUUCCAACCCAAGCCAUUCUAUGGCUCUGCGUUUCUGUGAUGUAAGCACCGGCCCCACGCAGCCCUGGUGCAGUGCAUCACAAGAGCAGCAGCCCGCGGGGAGCCGCCGCCCGGAAUCUCGGAGCUGGCGUAUGAGGUCACAAUGCCCCGUCCUAUGACUGUGCUGUGCUGUGCCGUGCCGCAGGCUUCGCUCUGUGCGACACUCACUGUGGCUGCAGCGGUGGUGUUGGAAGCAUGGUGCGAGUGUGGGGGGCCAUGGCCCCUGCCCGCCUUGUCCUCUUCCUCCUACUGAUGGCCAUGUGUUUCCGGGAGACUUGUGCUGCUCCGUGGCGAGCACCGGGAGCAGGUGGGUGGGCAGAGAUGGGACCCAAACCGAGCUGCACUGGCGGCAAGAAGUCAGGCUGUGUCCCCACGGCCCUGUGCCACGCUUCCCUGGGGCCUGCCUUCCACGGGGGUGCUGUCGGGCAGGGGGUGAGGGCCAGCGCAGCAGGAGCCGGGCCGGAGCCCGUGGCAGCGCUGCUCCCCAGAGCCGGCUCCAGCCACGCCGGGCCAUGGCUCUGCUGCUUGCUGGCUGGAGCACAGCCUUCAUCCUGGGAGACGUCCUGGGGAGAGCUGGGAAAAGCGUGAGCAUUUCUGCUCCAGGCUCGUGGUACUCGUGGUACCAUAGGUGAAUGCCAGCUUCCAACACAGAGCCCCGGCCCACGGCCCAGAGGAAGAGACAGGCGUGCCUUCCUCCAGUGCUUCAGGGUGACCUUCCUGUCCGUUAGAGGCCUCCCAGUAAGAAAGCCCCGGGGGGCUGCAUCUUCUUCCACGCGGUCCCUGAGGGAUGUGGCACACGGCUUGGGGAGAGCACUGUGUACGCUGCCAGGUGCCAGCCUACACAUCAUCCUGGCCACUCCGCAACUUUGGAAAUCGUGACCUGAGUCCUUCUGCCAUCCCGUUGCACGCCCCGCAUCCAGUGACCGAGGGAGAAGGAGAUCACGCCAUGCAAUGGGAAUUUCUCCCAUCUGUUCUUGAUUCUAGGUGAUGCCCUUGGUGCUCCCUUUGCAAAUGAUCGUUUGGGUUUCGAUUUUGUGCCUGUGCCUGUGGAACAACCCAGAGGUAAGUUGUGAGUGUCUGUUUCCUUGGAGGCAGAAACGUUCAUGCUCUCCCAGUUUACUUGGGUGCAAUUUGACUUCAGAUCCCCUCAAGAUCUUCCGAGUCGGUUUGAGCCUUGAGGGGCAUGCACAGUCGAGCCAUGAGUAUUUCUUUACUCGGAGAGCUGCCACAUUUCAGUGGGAAGGUUACCGCUGCCCCUCUUCAGCUGAGAGAGCCCAGACCUUUGUAUUUGGGCCGUGGCAUUCCCUGGCCCACCGCCAGAGCCUACAGGUCACUCAGGGAAAAGGAGGCCCCACACGUGCUGGAAGCUCUCCUCACCUGUGUCUGUCUGAUCACACUUGUGCCUGCAGGCCGUGCUGGUGAAUCCACAGGAGAGUAUCCUGUCUACGAGCCUGAAGGGGAUGCUGGAGGUAAGUCAGCAGGCUUCAUUUCCUCGGUAUUGGAUCAUAUUUGGCUGGGAUAGUUCAGCAAGGGUUCCGCUUUUCAGCGGCCAGCGGGUUCUUCUCCCCGAGAAGCGUGGAUGGCCGUUGCUUCUUGGGUGCUCCGUGCUGUCAGGGUGGUGUUGCCUUCGUCCCUGUAUCUCCGAGGUCUCUCAGCAAGAAAAUUUCAAGGGGCUGAGUGUUCUUCCAUGAGGUCCCUGAGCAUUGUUUCCCGUGGCCUGGAGAAAGUAUUUGGAAAGCUGUGGAGUACCAGCCAGCAGGUCACCUGGCUGCUCUGCAGCUUUGGAACUUUCCCCCCGUGCCAUUAGCUGAGCCCCUUCCUUCACUGCAGCUCGCUAAGGAAGAGGGAGAUGGGCACUUGCAAUGGCAACGUUUCUCCUCUGUCCUUGCUUACAGCUGUGUCUCCAGGCAGUGGCUUACCAAAGCCUAGGUUUAGUCCAGUUCAUGCAGUUGAGUUUAGAGGUGGGCUGAGCUCCAGGAGGGUGUUCCUCUGGGCGGUUGCACACGGGGUUAGUUAUGAAUGGCGGUGGUGCCCCUGCAAGGCACCCAGGACCUGUUUCCGAGGUGCUCCUGUGUGGAAGGGAGAGAACAGAGUCGUGAAGGAAUCCCUGGCUUUAAUUGCAUCCUGUGUCAUUCUGCCUGGAAGGAUGUUUAAUGGGAGUUGCUGUGUCGUGCGUUUGUUUGCAGAUGGGACUGGAGCAGGUGAUCCAGGAUCCGCUCUGAGCUCUGGGACCGAAACUCUGGCGGAUGGCAUGGGUCCGGAAAGAGCAGAGGAUGAACCCGAAAGAGGAAGAAAGUCCCAGGGCUUACCCCGUCUCCUAAAGGAACUGCUGAAGGAAAUAGAGAAGGCACCGCGUGGAAUUGACCAAGAAACUGAGCAGGAUGCACUGCAGGAAGGCAGCCAUCCCACCCUGCCGGUCUCGGACAGCGGAACGCAGGCAGCGCCAACAGCUGGCACGCCAGGGAUGAAUGCCGGGAAAAGCACAGAGGCUGCUGUUCACCAAUCUGCGCGGAAGCGCUACAUCGCAGCCGUGGUAAUGUUCCCUGCUGCGGUGCUGGCCUGUGGUGCUGUGAUAUGGAUGUGCAAAACAUACUUAGUGUGCAAGAGAGAAGAGAGAGCAGCAGAACCGGCUCAUCCUGAUACCAACUAGGAGAGAGUUCCAACUGGAGACGAGGGCAGAAUGGAGCUGGGAGAGGCAACAGAAGAGACUCUUGCCCCAUCAAACA